GGAGGACAAGGAGGAGGAGGAGGAGGAGGACAAGGAGGAGGAGCAGCGAGAGUGCCUAUCAUCAAGAGCAGCCUCAGGAGUGCCAGCCAUGUACAAUUCAGCCUGAACCUCAUAAGGGCCGCCCAGAGAGAGCUGCAGUUCCUCUACUUCGUCAACCGCCACCCGGCUCUCUACCAGGGGCCGCUCGUCAAGAAGGCUAUACAGAGGUACGAACUGUUGUGGCUUCCCCUCGCCGCCAACUGCACGGAGAAGGUGCUGGCGCCGCCCUCGGACGUGCACUGGGUGUGGUACGUGCACAUGCUGGCGCCGGAGCACUACGCCAGGGACUGCAAGAACGUGGUCGGCCAGGUCGUUGACCACAAGCUCUACAAGCUGAAGGCGCUGAAGAAGGCACACAAAAGGACAAGGAAGCUCUGGAUGGAGAUGUACCCCGAUGAGCCGUUCGAUGUCAUCUUGGACGGAUCUCAGCCGGUGUUGCUGUCCCAGUACACGUCACUCAUUUCCUAUGAUCUGGAGGCUGCAGUCGCGAGGCAAAGCAUGUUUUAUUACCAGGUCUCUCUUCCACACUGCCUCAUGAAGUCGUACCUGAAAGAAGCUGUUGAAAGAUACAAGAAGUUUAUCUACCUGAAGUUUUCAAACCCAGCAAAGUUUUUAGUUCCUUGUUAUGACAUGGAUAUCAUCUGGCACGCUCAUAUGGUGGCAAUCGGUGGGGCACCACCUGGCACCCUGAAGAUCAAAUUAGUACACCAGGACACCCAACGCAUCCUGGGCAAGAUCCUGAACCACGACGACUCCGUGAACGACCGGCAGCCGGGCUCCAAGCUGACGACCUCGGACAGCGCCACCCGCCGCCUGUGGGCCAACACCUUCGGGGAGAACUUCGCACGCAACGGGGCCAUGUUUCGCGGCGACCCUCCGGCGCAGAUCAUCGAGCCCGUGCCGCCCGAGCUGAAGAAGGCGGCCCUCGGCAGCGCCUUCCAGCUGCACGUGCGCAAGGUGGCAAUCGGUGGGGCACCACCUGGCACCCUGAAGAUCAAAUUAGUACACCAGUUCCGGAACUUGGAGAAGCAGAGACUCGGGAAGAUCACCAUAUUCAAGGCACAUGGCUACGACAUGUCCGAACACAACAUCGCUGACCUUGGCUUCGAGUUCACGCUGUCCGAUAAGGUGGUACGCGACCAGUUCGUCCUCGAGAUGGUGAACCACAAGGACGGCCUCAAGUCCAUGUUGAGUAGCACCUCGCAGAACUUCGAGUGUAAUGGACACUUCGACUUCACCGAGCUACUCAAACUAAGGGAUGAUACGGCAACUAUCAUUAAGACCUUUAUCGAGCGAGACAUCCGCGUGGAGCUGACCUUCGGCGUGCGUGUGAUGACCGCUCACCACUACACCACCAUGGCUGUGCUGACCGGGCCCUUCCGACCCAUCUGCCUGGAGCCGCCCACUGUAAGGUCACUGUACGGUAUAGUGCCCAGCGUGUACUCGGCACAGACCGGCGUGGAGGAAUUGUACAAAGCGGAGAUGGCGACGCACAGAGAUUAA